AUGUCAAAUAGUAGAGAUGAGAAAGUGGGUAAAGGAGUGGGAGUGGGGUGUGGAGUGGGAGUAUGGGAUGAAGAGAGAGAGAAGAGGAAAGGAGGAAAAAUGAGGGAAGAAAAAUCAAAGAGAGAAAAAAGAGCAAAGAGAAAUGAAGCGAAUGGAAAGGCGAUUUAA